AUGUCACUAUCCAAUUCACAUAAUUCAUCCUUUGGAUCUGAUUCCGAUGACGAAGACGAAGAUUUGCUUAUGGAGCUUAGUUUAAGACCCCCCAAGUCAGGAUUCACCCAGAGUGGUACCCAAGUUUCCAAUGCAACUCAAAACAUUCCAAGAACGAUCAAUAAUUCUCAUACAAAGCCAUUAACAAGAGUAAUACCUCCCCAGACACUACCUUUCACUACGACCCAACCAGCCAAUUCUAGAGCAAAAACCAGUCCUCCAAACAACACCAAUUAUAAUACUAAUAAUAAUGACAGUACUAAUAAUAAUAAUAACGCCAGCCUUUUAUCUAAAUUUACCAGAGCUCAGGGGGAGGCAAGUAUGCUAAGAGAUAAAAUAAACUUAAUUAAUCAAGAAAAGGAUAUAGAGAGAAAGAAUCAUUUAAAAGACAAGGAAGAAGCUGAGAAAAAAUAUCAACAAGAAAUUGAAGAUCUUAAAAAUCAAAUCCAAAGUUUACGAGAUGAGAGGCAAUUCCUAAUAUUGGAUGCUAAGAGAAAAGAUUUAAGCGCUAGAACUCCAAACAAUGGGAAAACAAAACAACCUGAUACACAAAAUACAUCUAUUCAAGGAUCUUCAAGCAUUAAUAAUCAUUCUGCAUCAACACAAGAUACUACCAUCUUGGCAUCAUCGCCAAUGGUGAAAAAGAGGAAAAAAGUUAUAGAAGAACCUCCAAUUUUUGUCAAAAUAGUCCCAAAUAGACAUGUCGGUGAUGAAAAUGCAUUACUUUUUGAUUAUCUAAUUAGAGCAAAGAUUAUGGGAUGCAAAUUUACCACCUUGGAGAUCUUAAAUAGAAUUUGUUUUGAUUAUAUCAAGGAAUUUAGCUUUAAAAAUUCGAAUGUUACAUUUAAGAAGGGUGACUCAAUUGGUGAAAAUUAUAUCAAGUUAUUAUUAGAAUAUAAAAAAUCAGUGGUAUUAAAUAAGUUUAUCGAUUUAUUACUGGAAAAUACAGCUCUCCUCAUUCAAGCCAUUUCAGUUAAGAAAAAUGAAAGUGAUGAUAAAGAAGCACGAGAAAGUAAAUUAGCUAUCCCAUUUUUGCUUCAUUUAAUGUUUGAAAUUAUUAGCUUUAGACCUAGUGCUGUAUUUCCUACUACAAUUAAAGAAUUAUAUCUAUUCAUUUGCGAUUUAAUUAGAAGAAAUGAAAAAGUACUAAAAAAGUCAAGCAAUACUGAUUCUAAUGAUUUAAAUUUUAUUAUUUCUCAAAUUCAGCCUGCAAUUUUCCAAUUUGAAUUCUUAGAAAUUUUAAUUAUUAAUUAUUCUUUUGAUUUAAUUGAAAAAAUCAUGAAAAUAUUACAAAGUUAUAAAAUUAAUGUCAUAUAUUCAUUUUUCAUUGAAUAUAUAAAUGAAAGCCAACUAGCUGAUCAAAGUAACGGAUCCAAUGACAGAGAUAAUUAUAAUACUAGUAAUAUUUUUUUAAAAAAUUUGGAUUAUCUUUAUAAAAUAUCAAUUUGUAAAUCCUAUAAACCUAUUAUUAAUGUGGUUUUCAAUAUUAUUUCAAUAUUAAAAAUAUUUUCUUCCAUUUUAGUAAGAUUAAAAGUAUUAGAAGAGCAAGAUCCAAAAAUUUUAUCUUCUAAUAAUGACAAGAGCAUACUUAAUAAUCUAUCAUCUGGAUGGUGGCUUACAUGUACCAUGAGAUUAUAUGAACUAUUAAAGGAAAAUACAAAUUUCGAGCAAAUCAAUAAUUAUAUCGAAGAUAAUGAAACUAAACUAACAAAUAACUGUAACGAUCAGCAUGAUGGUAAUAAUGAAAACAAAGAAAUAAAUUAUUAUUUUACUAUUUCGAAAUUUAAUGACAUUUUCAGUUUAAAUAGAAACAUUGGUAGCAACUUACUAGGUGAGAAGAUAACCAGUUUAAUUGAUAAAGACAAAUUAAGGGGUACUCCAAAUCCGAUUCAUAAAGAUGAUAUUAGAGAAAUUGAGAAAGAUUUAAGUUUUAAAUUUAAAGUAGAAUUAUGGCUUUUAAAAUUAAAAGAUGAAAUUCUAACAAUUUUGGAAAGCUUAUUGGAAAUUUAUUCCCCUACCUUAAUCAAGAACGUAGCUAUUGAUAAGAAUUCCAUGUUAAUUGAAUUAAGUAAAUUUAUUGCCAAUGAACAAGAAAUAAUGAUUACUCAAAACCUUAUAAAAGACUCUGUAAAUUUAAGAGAUAGGAUGGAUUUAAUUGAACAUACGUUAAUAAUAAUAUAUCAAAUAUUAACAUUUCAUAAAGAUGAGAUCAAUAUCGAACAGUUUAAGAAAGUAGAAAUUGAAUUAGUGGUUGCAUUAAGUCGUAUUAUUGAUGAUCGUUGUUGGAAAAAUAAUGAUUCUUCAAACACAGAUGUCUGUAUAGGCGUAAUCUCAAACCGAUUAAAUGAAAUAAAAAUUAGUAAUGAAGUUAAUCUAUUUGAUGAUGAAUUAGAAAAUAUGCCUAAAUAUGUAAGAGAAGAAUAUAAGGCUAUGCUUAAAAUGGAGGAGGAUAAGAUUAAUCAAAUAAAUUAUGGUGAGCAUUGUAGAAGAAUUGCAAGAAGCAUUCUGGAUAGUAAAUUGGAUAAAAUCAUAUCUAUGCAAGAUAUGGAUUCAUUAUAUGUCAGUAUGGGGAAGUGA